AUGUCCGUUGACGAGAGGGAGAAGAAGGAAGAAGAGGAGUUUCGCACGGGGCCGCUCUCCGUCCUCACCACCAGCGUGAAGACCAGCUCGCAGGUGCUCAUCAACUGCCGGAACAACAGGAAGCUCCUGGCGCACGUGAAGGCCUUCGACCGGCACUGCAACAUGAUCCUCGAGAAUGUGAAGGAGUUCUGGACGGAGAUUCCGAAGACCGGGAAGGGUAAGAAGGCGGCGCAGCCAAUGUACAAGGACAGGUUCAUAAGCAAGAUGUUCUUGAGGGGGGAUAGUGUGAUCCUUGUGGUAAGGAACCCGAAGUGA